CUGAUAUACUCAGUAAGUAGGAUGUUAGAGAGCAAGAACGAUAGACACAAAAACACACAUAUAGCUCAAGUAGUGGCACCUUCGCUCGAUCCCUAUACAAUCUCCAAUUUCCUCAUACUUGUCUUGAACAGAUCCAACAGCCAACCGCACAAUUCCAUCACUACCAAACCACCACCACCACCACCACCAACAACCCCUUUCUUUCCUUUUUCAACCUCCCAAACCUCGAAAACCAAAAACACAAGCAACAAUGGCCACUGCAACCCCCCCAAGCACCACGGCCCCCAAAAACAUCCGCCCCCUCAACCGCUACAUCACCACCCACUCCCCGACCACGGGCCAAGCGAUCUUCUCCACCGCCCUGCCUGAGACCAUGCCCAUCCAGCAGAUCAACGACUCCGCGGGCGCCCAAUUCUCGCUCGCGUACACCACCGACACGUUCCCCGUGGACCUGACCGCCGACCGCGACAUCCCCGCCUACAACCACUACCUCACCCACCCCCCCGGCAUCACGAUCAGCACGGGCACCGUCUGCCGGAUCGUGGACAUGCCGCCGCACGCGCUGAGUCCCAUGCACCGCACCGUCUCGCUGGACUAUGGGGUCGUGCUGGAGGGCGAGGUCGAGUUGGUGCUGGACUCCGGGGAGACGAGGCUACUGAAGCGCGGGGAUGUAGCCGUCCAGCGCGGCACGAACCAUGCGUGGCGGAACGUGACCCCGGAUGCUGUGGGGGAGGAUGGGGUGAGGGUGGAAGGCUGGGCGCGCAUGUUGUAUGUGCUUGCGCCGGCGAGGGGGGAGGGGUUGCUGGAGGAUGUGACGGGGAUUGAGGUCAGGGGGAGUACGUGAUUCUCU